UAAACACAACAACAACAACAAAAAAAACAAUGACAGGAGAAGAUGCAACAAACCAUACUAAUACUAAUACUAAUCAUCAUUAUAAUUAUCAUCCAUUGUUAAGUGGAGAAAAAAGAGAUGAUAAAAAGUAUACCAAUAAUGUUUUCUCACCAUCUCAUAUCAACUCUUUGGAAGCAAUUUGUGAAGCUUUUAUCCCUCCUCUUCCUGUCCCCCUUGACUCGAAUCCUAACGAAGCGAUUCGUUCGUUUUAUGCUGCUUCUGGAUCUCAACAUCCUUUUCCUCAUGAGGUUGCAGAAUUAAUGGCUAGGAGAUAUCCAAAAGAUGCAGUGUUCUUGCUAAGAUUAAUUCUGAAGUUACUCUCUACAAAAGUGGGAACCUUAAUGCUAUGUGGGUUUGAUUGUUUUGACACCAAAUGGCCAUUUAUUCACAGUUUUUCUGAUCUGAGUUUGAACAAGAGAGAAAAAAUUCUUCAAAAAUGGUCAAAUACGAACACAUCUGUCCUUCCAUUAAGAAUGGUGUUUGUGAUGAUCAAGCUUAUGUGCUUCUACAUUUUCUUCACAUUGACUGAUGAAAAUGGAAAUAACCCGUCAUGGGAAGCGAUUGGAUACAAUGUGAAACCAGAAAAUGAUGCCUUGAAGAAAGCACGAAAAGUGAGACCGCUUGAUAAGGGUGUGGUGGAAACCGAAAAGGAAAGUGAUGAUGCAAAGUUCAAGGAAUUGGUGAAAAGCAAAGGACUUGAAAUUGAAGAUGGGGAAGAUGGGAUUUAUGAUAUAAAAUGUGAUGUUGUGAUAGUUGGUUCUGGUUGUGGAGGGGGUGUUGCAGCCGCGAAUCUUGCUAGCUCUGGUUACAAGGUAGUGGUGAUCGAGAAAGGUCGUUAUUAUGUCCCUGAGGAUUACUCACUUCUAGAAGGUCCAUCAAUGGAUGAGCUAUACGAAAAUGGUGGAAUAUUGUCUACUUUGGAUGGCAAAAUAACGAUUUUAGCAGGGUCAACUGUUGGUGGUGGUUCUGCAGUGAAUUGGGCUGCUUCCAUCAAGACACCAGAGGAUGUUCUUCAGGAUUGGGCCGUGGCUAAAAAGAUUGGAAUGUAUGGGACCUCAGAAUACCGAUCAGCAAUGGAAGUCGUGUGCAAGAGAAUCGGUGUUACAGAUAAUUGUAACGAGGAAGGUUUUCAGAACAUAAUACUACGACAAGGGUGUGAGAAUCUAGGGUUGAAAGUGGAGGCAAUCCCACAAAACGCACCAGAAAAUCAUUAUUGUGGUUCGUGUUGUUAUGGUUGUAAAACGGGAGACAAGAAAGGAACUGAUUCUACUUGGCUUGUAGACGCUGUUGAAAACCGUGCAGUGAUUUUUAGCGGUUGUAAAGCUGAGAGGUUUGUAUUUGAAGGUGAAGAUCAUCAGAAAAGGUGCCGGGGAGUGAUUACCACGGUGAAAAGUAAUGGUAUUACAAGAAAACUCCAGUUCAAGGCACAAGUGACGGUUUCAGCUGCUGGCUCCCUCUUAACACCACCAUUGAUGGUGUCAAGCGGGCUCACAAACCGCCACAUUGGAAGGAACCUACACCUUCAUCCUGUUUUACUCGCUUGGGGUUACUUUCCACCGGUUGGAACAGUUCCAGCCAACGGAAAGAGUUAUGAAGGAAGUAUCAUUACCUCCAUUCACAAAGUCAGGUCAACGGGAGAAUCAUCAAACCGUGCAAUUGUAGAAGUUGCCUCUAUGGGACCUGGAGCGUUUUCGUUGAUGUUUCCAUGGGUCUCUGGAGCCGACAUGAAGGACAAAAUGGUGAAAUACCCAAGAAUUGUGAAGCUUUUCUCAUUAGCAAGAGAUCAAGGCUCAGGUGAAGUUCGGGAAGAGAGAAAGAUAACGUACCAGUUCAAUGAGAUCGACAAAGAGAAUCUAAGAGUUGGUUUAAGACAAGCAUUGAGGAUUCUGGUAGCUGCUGGAGCUGAAGAAGUCGGAACAUUCAGGAAUGACGGCCAACGGAUAAAAAGCCACAGCAUUAAAAGUUCUGAUUUGGAGGAGUUUCUUGAUACUGUGGCAGCAGAUAGUGGGCCAAAAUCAAAAAGAGAAAACUGGACAAUAUAUUGCUCGGCGCAUCAGAUGGGUAGCUGUAGAAUGGGAUGUAAUGAAGACGAGGGAGCCGUGGAUGAAAAUGGAGAAAGCUGGGAAGCAAAAGGCUUGUUUGUUUGUGAUGGCAGUUUACUGCCCACUGCUGUUGGCGUAAAUCCGAUGAUUACUAUAGAAUCAACUGCCUAUUGUGUUUCCAAGAGAAUAGUUCAGGCACUUGACAAUGGAGAGUUUUCUGACUAAAUAAAGAUUGCGAUUUGCGAGUUUGAUUUCAGCUGUAUUAUAUUUUAUGAAAUUACAGAGAAUUUGUUGUAUAGAUACAUUAUUUGAAUCAAA